GGUCCUGCUGGAGGAGGAAUAACCAACGUAAGGAGGAGGUGUCAUGCCCUUCACUGCUUGGCGCAGUCAGUGCUGAUCGCUGUCAGACGGGGACGAGGUACAGACCGGAAUGGUGCAUUUAAAUUGCCCUUUAUAACGCCGAGGACGCCGGGCUCGGUCUAUCGUCUGUUUUUGGAUUAUUUACAUUAUUUACCGGGGAGAAAAACGACAUUUCAUGCCCGAUCGCAGAGCCGGAGCGACGGGAAAAUGCAGCGCAGCGGGUGUUUGGCUGCAGGUGGAUGGCCAACCUGACGGUCCCAGCCGCCGCUUCCCUCCCGUUCAGCCGCCGCUGCAGCAGCAGCAGCCGGUCUGGCUUCAUCCAGAGCUGUAAAAAGAAACUGAAAACAGAGAGAACCGCAGAUCAGACAAACAAACCCGAGCCAUGCUUCCAGGGGUCGGCGUGUUCGGCACCAGCCUGACCGCCAGGGUGAUCAUCCCGCUGCUGAAGAAUGAGGGCUUCGCCGUCAAAGCGCUGUGGGGCCGGACGCAGGAGGAGGCGGAGGAGCUGGCCAAGGAGAUGAACGUACCGUUUUACACCAACCGGAUCGACGACGUGCUGCUGCAUCAGGAUGUGGAUCUGGUCUGCAUCAACCUGCCUCCGCCUCUGACGCGGCAGAUCGCGGUCAAAACACUGGGUAUUGGAAAGAACGUCAUCUGCGACCGGACAGCAACGCCUCUGGAUGCCUUUCGAAUGAUGUCGGCAGCCCAGUACUACCCCAAGUUGCUGAGCAUUAUGGGAAAUGUGCUACGUUUCUUGCCAGCCUUUGUGCGGAUGAAGGAGUUGUUAGAGGAAGGGUACAUCGGGGAGCUUCUGGUCUGUGAGGCCCAGGUCCACAGCGGUAGUCUCCUGGGGAAGAAAUACAACUGGAGUUGCGAUGACUUGAUGGGAGGCGGUGGUCUGCAUUCGGUGGGCAGUUACAUCAUCGACCUGCUUACGUUUUUGACUGGUCAGCGUGCAGCAAAAGUCCAUGGCUUCCUCAAAACCUUUGUCAAACAAACAGAUCACAUCCGGGGUAUCCGUCAGAUCACCAGCGACGACUUCUGCACGUUCCAGAUGGUACUGGAAGGAGGAGCCUGCUGCACCGUCACGCUCAACUUCAACGUGCCCGGAGAGUUUCGGCAGGAGGUGAUCGUUGUGGGGACGGUCGGAAGGUUAACGGUCAUUGGGACGGACCUGUACGGACAGAAGAACAGUGGGGGUGGAGGAAGCGGGGGAGGUCCUGAACUCCUGCUUAAAGACACCACACCUCUAGAGAAGGCUUCCUUACCGGAGAAGGCCUUCAGUGACAUUCCGUCCCCGUAUCUUACCGGAACGAUCCGCAUGAUCCAGGCUGUGCGGCAGGCCUUUCAGGACCAAGACGACAGGAGGACAUGGGAUGGGAGGCCUCUGACAAUGGCUGCUACCUUUGAGGACUGUCUUUAUGCUCUUUGCGUGGUGGAUACCAUCAAGAAAUCCAACCAGUGUGGAGAGUGGCAGAACAUUGUGGUGAUGACGGAGGAACCGGAAAUCAGCCCAGCCUAUUUGAUCAGUGAGGCCAUGCGGCGGAGUAGGAUGUCACUAUACUGUUAACAUCCGGUUGAUGUGUUGACCCUUUUAAAAUAGAAUUGGAGGUUGCGCUGCAAAGGCUUUGUUGUUGUUGGAACUUUCAUACAGCUACUGGGUUCAGUUCUUAAAUUCUUCACCAGUUCAUUUUAAUACUGUCAAAUCUGUAUUGUUACUGUUACAGACAGCAAGGUUACACCACUAUGAUACAGUUAUGGUUUCCCAAUACCCUGCCUCAGCAGUAGAGGCAAAGCAAUGCGAUCAAUGAUCAAACUUUUAUUUAUAGGGAAGCCUAUCCUGUUGUUUUCUGUUUUGACAGAAGACUUGAGUCCUUCCAGGGAGAUUGUAAAUCAAACUGAUUCAAGACAUAGUCCUACAAUGGAGGCAGAUCAGGGAGUGAAACUAAUGCUACUGUGUUCUGCUUAACCAUAAUGGUAUUGCGCCUCUCAGCUUCUCUUCUAUAUGACUGGGUCUGGAAGACAACACCUUACACUGUGGGUCCAAACGAGGACAGCCAAGGAAGAACGAUAGUCCUCUCAGUUAAAACUGUGCCCCUGUAUUGUUGCUAUACUCCGAAGGACUUGUUAGUUUUACCAAGUGAAUGUUUAAAAAAAAUCAGUGUGCUUGAUAGUUUCAGUCUCUGUCUGCUCUGUAGGCUUUCUCCGUAUGUGUGAAACAAGAGAGAAAAGAAAUCAAUGGUUUGGCUGGUGGGCUUUUCAGAAGGGUUUACCUUCUGGUUUAUGUAUGCAAUAUAUCCAGGCUGUAGUCUGCAGCACAGAUACUUUUAUCUUCCAGCCUGGGGUAAAGGGUUAAAAUACUCUAUGGUAUGCCUUUAUGCAGUUAGAGUAGCCUGUGCAUCCGUUUGCGAGUCCUGUAUGAGAAGCCAGUACAAUGAUACUUUUGCUGUUUGUCUUAUUUAUUUCAUGCUUUUUCUAGUUUUCAUGAAGCAUGGCCAUGAAAUACACAGAAUUCUGUGUGAUGUGAGCAUAUCUGUACUGAGCCUUAACUGUGGAUAUUAAUAGUCUUCUGAGAAAUGUGGGGGUUUUAUCCUCAUAUCGCAAUGCAAUGGGUCACACCUGCAUCAACCCACCGUGAUUUAGCAUUUAGCAUGCUUUAUGAAGCUUCUUUAACAUGCACAGUGAAAUGCAGGUUUGUCAGUAUGCAUCGAGUUCAGACCUGUAUGUACAGUAAAACUGCAAAACUGUCAGCUACAUAACUGUGCAGCACAGUGUGGUAGAUAGUGGAAUAAAUUAGCAUCUUUUUCCGUUUCUGUUAGAGGUGUGAAAUAUUAAGGCUGGUGUUAUUCUGUAUUAUUAACGCGUUAAUCCAUCUCUCAACACAUUUUGACUACCCUACUCAGCCCCAAGCCCAUUGAUUCAUUCUUAUUGAAGAUGUAAUCAUUAAAGCAGCAUCAGUCAAUAUGAUUUUUAAUAACAAUUUUUGAAUAACAAUGACAAUGGUCAGUGUUUAAUAUGAAAGGUGUUGCGAUGAACCCACAGAGAAUUUCCCACAUCUCUACGUAGCAUUUUAGCAUGUUUCAGCGCAUUGUUUUGGUUUCAUCGCCGACAACUUUGCUGUUUUGGUUCAUUCUCUAAUCAGCCUCGUUUGCAGCCACGACAGCACCAAAGACGGACAGACAGACAAAAUUAGCGAUUAGUUGGUAGACAUAAUAGAGCAAUUCACAACUAAAGAGCUAGGUUUUUUCCACUGAGCUAAAAGAGAAUGACUAUUGGAUUGUGACUUGUCUGCUGCAUGUGUAAAUUGGCAAUUUUUUGCUAACGCGUUACAAUUAAAAGCAGGUAACAUAUAUAGCUUUAAUUUAAACAAAGACCAGUUUCCACAAAACAGCUGAGCACAGUAUUUUUUAGGUUAUGCUACUCAGGAGUGAGUAGAGCUUUUUUGUUAAGGACUAUUUUCAGCUGUUCACUAAUCCACAUUUGGUGCUCUAGUAAGAAAAAUAAAGAACAUCACCACCCAUGUCCUGUAAGGCAUAAUUUACAUGCAUUAUGAGUGCAACUGGCCUUCAGAACUUUAGUGCAGCCAGACUCUAACUACUCACUUUACUAUCUGUCAAUCACGUAAGAAAGCUAAAACAAAUCAUCAGAAAGUAUUUGCAAAUACAGUUUGACUUAAGGUUUGGUAUUACUAAAUGCAGGUGAAAGAAUAACACUGACCUACAAGCCAAAAGAUUGAUUUUUUUUUAUGCAUCUCUGUUCCCCUGUGUGGUUUCAAGUUCUUAAACUGUGCUGAAAUACUAUCUAUGUAACAACAACUACUGAAAAUGUACAUAUAAAAAUAUUAUAAAACAACAAUACGCAUUUGUCUAAAGAAAUAAACAAGUACUGUAUGUAUUUUAUUUGUAAAAACCAAGGAACUGGAACAUGUUUCGAUGAGUGUUAAGGUAUUUAUUCUUUGUUUUUGCUGUUGAAGUUUUGUGGACUGACCUGCAGUGUGUUUUGGAGAUUAACAGCAGACUGAGGCCUUGGAGCGUUCAGCUUCUUCUAGUUCCCCAUCUAUGAAUUAUUGACCAAAAUACUCCUCUCUGAACACUGUUAUGAAAAAGCUUUAUGUUUGCUCUUAAGAUGCAUCAUAAGUCAUCACAAUCAUAAUCCAGCAUAACCACACUGUCAUCCAGUGCAAGCUCUGAUAUGAAAAAUCAACAGUUGCUUUUAUUGUUUAGUGUUUUGAUAUAAUGUGUCACAUUACAACCCAUGGUGCAGUGCAAUCAGCUGCAUUGAAGUUACUGAAGUUACAAUUUUUAGGGAAAAAAACACCCCUGUUAACUAAUCUGUCUGAAAAUGCUCUGAGUCCAACACUGAUAAGCUAUCACUCUGUAAGAUAACUUGAGUUACAUUAUUGCCCCUUGUGUACCAAGUGCAUUAUCACAUCUGCAUAUAGACUUUCCACCUUUGUCUGAUAACAGUUUUCAUAAUACGAAUGCCUGAUUUAAACCUAGACAAGAUGUUCAUUGGAAUUCCCUGUUCUUAUUCAGCUCAAAGGGGCAGCAUUAUGAGCUGAGGAUUUAUGAGAGUGGAGGCCUCAAUUAAUGUAUGGUUUGAAACAUGAAUUCAAGUUUAAGCAACUAUUUAUUUGUCAUCAGACAGUUUUCAUUCCCUCGUCAGGCCUGUAAACAUACUUUAUUACUGUCUAAUUUAUGGCUCUGUACUGUGCCUUGGCUGUUAAGUCUCUCCCACUGGUUACCUGAUAAAUGUGCACAGGGAAUCUAAGGUGAGAGACCAGAGUUUAAACCUGCAUAUACAAUUAGGAUAGAAAACAUGCAGCUGAUGGUCUCUUACAACUAUAUCAUUUGUACGUGUAUUACUCUGUGAUGACAGCAAGUUAAGCUGACUGGAAAUGCUUGACAAGAAGAUAAUCCCCCUUAAACCCUGAGAAUGGUUCUGUCCACCAAGGUCGAAUACAUUGCCUUCCACAGAUGGAAGGCCAUACCAUUUUGAUUUAUAGGGUUACACAAAACAAACUGAAGGUUAAUUAUUUGUUUCCAGUAGCUUCACCAAUAGGAUCCAUUUCAUGCCAUAGUUAUUAGUACCACUUGAUGAUUUAUGAUUUAUUGAAAGUUUCCUGGAAAGUACAAUGUGAUUUGGUGCUAAUUACAGUUGUAAUAAAGACAAAAUUGUGAGAUUGUUAGUAAAUUCAAUUGAGUUUCUUUGAUUUUUAGAGAAAGGUCCUUGAACUAAAUAUUAACUAUUCACUUGGAAAAUGUAUUCUUCAUAUAUGUUGUAUUGUAUGUUUGUCAGUAGACACAUUUUACAUGUUUGCAUGCUCAGUCUCAAGUUUAGCAUAGAGUUUGUUAGCCUAAUAGAAGUGUACCAACUGAUCAUUUUUCCUAUAAUGAACCCUUUUUAAGUACCGCCCCUUUUUGCUUUGCUCUCCAAUAACAGUUGAGCAAGCCUCGGUCAACUUUCUCCUUUCUUGUAGAGUACUUAGAUAUGCUAUGUGCUAGGCUAGUAUAGCUGUUUUUUUUUUUUUUAUUUUAGGCAUCUUCAAGCAUCUGUGGUUGUCUUUUAAACAUAGACGAGCUUAGCACAUAGCAUAUCUAAGUACAGGAAAGGAGAAAGCUGACCAAGGUUCAAAUUACACUGUUCUUCUUCCAGGAAACUUCCUAGACAAUUGAAAAUUAUUAGAAAUUUACAGAUUUGUAAAAUAAAGUGUUACCUUGUUAUCAUAUUUGAACAUUCUAGAUGCAGUCAUGACAUAAAUCCCUCUUCUGCAUACUUGUUGCACUAGUGCUGUUCUCAGUAUGGGGUUAUUUGAAAGAUUCUGGAGGGUAAAGGCAAAAAAUGAUAAGCUUGCUCUUGCUCACUAAGCUGCAGAAAUUCAUCCAGCCCCCAAAGAAACACACUAGUAGUUAAACUCAGCUUUAAUUACACUCAAUAUUUUACCUGCUCCUGUUUCUUCCCUUUUGUCUCCUAAUCCCACAUCUGUGUUUGGACCAUGGCAACUUGGCUCACAGUGUUUCAUUACGCAGGAUUGCCCAGGUUUUGGUUUCUGUGUGUGAGGAUCCUUGCACAAUAGACCCAGUAUGUUUAAAUCAGUUUGGAUCUCAUGCUAAGAUUGAAUUAACUAUAUUUAGUGUCCCGGGGGGUUAAGUUUAGGUCGUUAAGAACCAACAGUGGCUCAUAAUAUCAGCUUAAUCUUCUUGAGUUCUUUCAAGUGUCUGAAAUUUGGAUUUACUCUCAAUUUAUGUCCACACAGACCCGUCCUCCUCCAUGGAGACACAAUUAAAUAGCUCAGCAGACCCAUCCACAGCCAGCUGCCCAUGCUCUGUGCUAAAUGUGCCAUUAGCAUCUGCUUUAAAUUAGGAACAUCACAAGACCAGACUUUUCAUUUCAGCAAGGACUUGGCAAAACACUGAAACACAAAAGCACGGGAAUUUAAUUGACCCUUUCUGUGGUGUGAUGUUGAUAAUGAUAGUGAUGCAGGCACAAUAACACAGCUUAGUAGUGAAACAUCUGCAAAGGCUUUUUAGUGAUCAACCCCAGCUAGAUUCCCACUCGCCUCUGCAUGUAGUUGCAGUGGGCAGCAGUCUGAAACAGAUGAGGCAAUAUCUGGGUUCUGAAGCACUGAAUAUUUAAUGAGUGGAAUUUUAAUGAGCUGAUACAGUAGUGUGCAGAUUUCAUACAUUUUCAAAAUAAGUCCGCAGCAUCAAACGACUGAUUCUCUUAUGUUUUCUUUUAAAUGUUGAAUUGCUGAAUAUUUUAUUUUUCAUUGCAUAUUGAUUCAUUUAUUGAUUCAUCAAAUUGAUGUCCAGGUGAUACAUCAUCAACAGUGUGGACGGUGCAGCUUGUUCUCUCAUGUCUCCCAUAGUACAAAUGCUGUGCUUUAUGUACUGAUGUAGAUAUUUUGUUGCCAAGAACUGUUUUUUUAUUAUUUGUUAGCAUUAGCUUGUUGCUUGUGGCCUGUUAAGGACAAACCGGCUCUGUGCUUCAGAAAAAGGACAUUGCAGAAAAAUAACACAGGAGGUAUCCAGUUCCAACUUUGCACUUUGACUGCCUUGUUUGCUGACAAGUUGUGACUAUGAAUUGCUUGUUCUCGCUGUGCCAGCAUUUGCAAACCGCUCAGGAAAGGCUUUCUCUUACAGAGGGGAGGGGGGGGCGGAGGUGGAUGUGGAGGUGGAGGAGGGAUGGGGUGAAAAUUGUUCAUUUUGGAGACGAACACCCUCAAAGAAGCGCUUCUUCUGCCCUCGGAGACCGUUACUUAGCAACCGGAAGCCACGUUGCCAAAACUAGGUCCUGUCUCCCCCCCCACCCUCUUUCAUUUUCACUCACACAGUAACACACUACCCUCACUCCUCCAUAUGUCUACACACCUCUUUCUCUCCCCCCUCCUUCUCUGACUGACUGGUCAAAGGAUGAACUCUUAACAGGGGUUGUGAUUGAUCUCUCAUCUCACAUUUUUCUCCUAUCAGUCUCUUCUUUUUCACUCUAUCUCCCUCUUUCCCUCUCUCUUUUUCUUUUUAUUGUGAGUCAGGUUGAAGCCUGGAGUACAAGCUCACUGGUGCUUCUUCCCCCAAAAACAUUUCCUCUCCUCUCCUCUCCUCUUCACAUGCCUUUUGGAGCCAGGACAACAGUAACCAAGGCAACCCCUUUAAUAAACACUAAUAACAGACAGAUACCGGUUGUGAAUGCCUUUCCUCAGCUGGUUUAUGAAUGCUGACUCUUGCCAUGUCUUGCUGUACCCUUAACCUGUUCAAAGAAAAACAAAUAUCCACCUGGAUGCUGUAUUGUGACUAUAUCCGAUAUUUAUUGUUCUGUAUGUAUAUUGUGGACGCAUGGACCUCUGUACAUACUGUAAUUUGAGCUCUCAAACGCAUAUUUAUGGCUCUUAAUCUAGAGAAUGUACUUACUGUAGUAAUAAUUUAUAUUUUCUAUCCAUUAAGGACAAUACGCCAUUUUUUGGAGGUCAGUCGGUGUCACAAAAGUAAAAGCCCCCCUGAGUUCUCUGCGUGCUGUUAAAGUGUGAUGGUGCACUUCAGUUAAAUGACCCCUCCCAUCCUGUUUUGUUCUUUUUUGAUUGACUGUGUUACUCCUGACUCAGUGUUCUACUGUCUCGUCUCACUGCACCAGUGCUCGGCAUCGGUUGAAUGUGUGUGAAUGAGGGUGUGUGUGAAAGUGGGGGGGGAAAAGUGUGAUUUGGUGUCUGUGCGUGUGUCUGCAACAUGGUUUACGGCUUCAGCACUUGUCUAAUGCUGCAGUUUCUAUGGAAUAAAAAAAAAUGUACAUCCAUAA